GCUCUCUUGACGCUCUGAUUGGACUCAACGCGGGGAAAUAAAGUGCUCAUAUGUUUUUAUUGGCAGCUGUGGCGCGUCUCAGACCGCCGCUGUAACUCGACCCACCGGCAAAAGUGGUUCGGUUUUCUGUAAAAGUCCAUCUGUACCAUCAGACAGACUGACUGCUGAAGGUGGAAGGGAUUCUCUCAAGGACCUGUUGAUCGUCUGCUGCAAUGGAGGAGCCAAGUGGACAAGCAUGAUAUCAACUUGAGACGUAGAGGAAAAUUUGGACUCAAGAACUCCCUCCGACAAUAAUGGAGAUCAUGGAUGCUCAGUGCGCCUUAGAAGCUGUGGAAAGACUGCAAGCCAAACUGAGGGAGCGAGGGGAGGCUCCCACUCAGGAAAAACUCUCUGUGCUGAAGACUGUCCUGCAGAGCCCUCUUUUCCUGCACAUCCUCAGCUUGCAGCAGGCUCAGCCAAAGCCUCCGGUGAAGGGGAAAGGCGUUUCCAAAUCUGUGUCCCUGAACUGUGGCCCAUGCCUGGACUUACCUGUUGGCCUAAAGGCACUGAGCCACAGCGACUCGUACACUUGGGCUGUGGAGAACCGAAAGUCUUUUCAGAAGGAUGGCAGCAACUCCUCCCUCGGUUCACAUGAAUUGUCCUUCUCAGAUAUCUACCCAGACAACUUUUCUCACAAGGAAUCUCAGUAUUGCACUCCUCCUCGUAUUUCCCGCACCAUGUCGAUGGGUAGGAACCUUUCUGCUAUUGCACAUGAGAGGCGUCACAUUGAGAUAAUAGAGCUGAUCAAUGAUGGAAAAGGACUUGGUUUUGGCAUCGUAGGAGGACGCAGCACAGGUGUCAUGGUCAAGACAAUAUUACCUGGAGGAGCAGCAGGAAGGGACACUCGCCUGCGCAGCGGAGAUCAGAUUCUGCAUAUUGGAGAUACAGACUUGGCAGGCAUGAGCAGUGAACAAGUUGCACAGGUGCUGCGAAAUGCUGGCAGCAGGGUGAAACUUCUCAUUGCCAGGGAUGUUACCAAACCCAAUUACCUCUCCUCCCCUGCUCUGAAUCAGGAUACUUUGGACGACAAGCCCAGUGACUUGAAUGAUGACUAUGAGUUCAGUAUCCAGUUCACUAAAAAUAGCCGGGGCCUGGGAUUUUCCAUCUCAAGCUAUGUAGGAGACCUGAACUCAGUCUACAGUGCCGGUGUGAUGGUGAAGAGUAUAGUAAAGGGCAGUUCUGCAGAUCAAGAUGGGCAGAUGCGGGUUGGAGACAUUAUCCUUUCUGUGGAUGGUGUGAGCCUUCAGGGCUGCAGUGAACAGCGAGCCAUGGAGGUGCUCAGGAGGACUGGUCCUGUUGUCAGGCUGAGGUUGCUGAGAAAGGCCAUCUGCCUUCGUCACAUCUUGCCCCCAGUUCCUCCUCUGCAGCCCCUCAGACACUCCCACAGCCUCCAUGAAGGCAGCCCUUACAAAUCAGGCCUGAACAAGAUUCAGGAGACAGGAAUCAGCUCUCUGCGUGAAAUCUCCCGGCGAGCGGCAUAUGCCAGCAGACGACCCCGACACGAUCCCAGAGAUGGUGUGAAACUCACUCCAGAGGAAGAGGAAAACCUGAGGAAGAGGUGGCAGGAUGCCGUUGGACACCGAUUUGAAGUGACUGUCUGUCAGCUAGAGAGGUUCAGUGAAACAAGUGGUCUAGGUAUCAGUCUGGAGGCUCGGGCUGGACAUCACUACCUGUGCUCCAUCUUACCAGAGGGGCCUGUAGGUCAAAGUGGCAAAAUCUUUACUGGAGACGAGAUAAUGGAAGUAAAUGGAAUCCCCCUCAUUGGACAGACACACAAAGAGGUGGUCAAUGUUCUGAAAGAACUUCCAGUGCAAGUAUACCUUGUGUGCUGUCGCAUUGUCCCCCCUUCAGUUCAUGACAGUGAUGAAGAAGCAAACGAUGAUGUCUGUCUGAGUCUCAAAGAGCUGCUGGCUGAGUUCAAUGACAAGCUGGAUCACGGCUGUGUCAUACCCUGUCCUACAGCUGAGGACAUUACAAAGCGUGGCGUGCCCCCCAUGUCACCUCCUCUGGCCAUGUGGGAGAAAGAGGCUCAAAUUGUUGAGCUGGAAAAAGGCGAGUCAGGACUUGGCUUCAGCAUCCUGGACUACCAGGAUCCAGAGGAUGCCUCCAAAACAGUUCUGAUAAUCCGGUCACUGGUUCCUGGAGGUGUAGCAGAUCAAGAUGGCCGCCUGCUACCUGGUGACCGACUAAUGUUUGUUAAUGAAACUGACUUGGAGGGUUCCAGCCUGGAUUAUGCUGUUCAUGUCCUGAAGUCUACUGAAUAUGGGCUUGUUCAAAUUGGCGUUUCUAAACCACUGCCGCUGGAACUGUGUGGUGGCUUGACACCCAUAGCGGAGCGAAGCGCGCGGCCUUCGACCGAUGACACUGACAGCCACACUCAGGUCAGCCUGCUAGCUGAGACAGCUGAGGCCAAUUUCAACGGCACAACUUGGAACGCCGAGGAUCACAGCUUGAGCCAGCCGUGUUACACGGAAAAUCAGCUGCGUUAUCGCUGCUGCACAAUGGAAGAUGACAGUGGGCAGCAAGCUCCACCUCUGCCCCCUCGCACAAGCUUUGAGAGGACAAUCACUGUUGUCCGGGGCAACCGUAGCCUUGGGAUGUCGGUGAGUGCUAUCAAGGACGGCACAGGCAUUCUGGUCCGGAGCGUGGUCCAGGGGGGCUCUGUUUGCCAGGAUGGCAGACUGGGGGUGGGGGAUGUCAUCUUGGCCAUAAAUGGAGAACUUGCCUCAAAUCUGAGCAGCGCCCAGGCCAGGUCCAUGCUCCGCAGGCACUCUGUCAUAGGGCCAGAGAUGAGGAUAACCUAUGUUCCAGCUCAUCAGGUGGAUGAGCACCGAACCCGUCUGUGUUUGCCUCCUCUGGCAUCCAUCUCGACAGACAGUCCAUCUUCUUCGCCCAUCCUACCUACCCCUGAGCCUGAAUCAGUCUCAGCCAGAUCCUCCUGUCCUCCGGCUUCAUCAGCGCUCAGAUUGUCUGCUUCAGUCAAAUACAAAACAACAACAGCUCCAGAGCCACCCAUAGUCAGGGCCACUGUUUCAUUCAAAGCCGUUAAAGGGCCAGCCAUAGUCCCCACCAUCACCCUAGCCUCAGACACAAGCUGGCAGGUUCCAAAAUCCCUCCAAAAAUCUCCAAAUAGCAAAGUGGAGGAUGAAGAUGUAAAGGAGAGAGCAGACGAAACAAAUGAAGGUGUAAAAGUAAAAAACCCACAGGUGAAAAUAAAGGUUGAUGGCAAAGAAGAGGACAAUGAAGAGGUCUGCUCACAUGCAGCCUGGUCUUGGGAUCAGCCUAAAAGUGUGCAGCUGACUCGAGCACCGAGCCAAUCGCUAGGUAUCAGCAUUAUGGGAGGCAGAGGCAUGGGCCGCAGACUGAACAGUGGAGAGAUGAUGAGGGGUGUCUUCAUCAAGCACAUCAGCCCCGACAGCCCUGCAGCACUUAAUGGCACCCUUAGGGUUGGGGACAGGAUACUGGAGGUGAGUGGCGUGGACCUGAGAGAUGCCAGCCAUGAGCAGGCAGUAGAAGCCAUCCGCAGGGCAGGUGACACUGUUCACCUUCUGGUUCAGUCCGGUCUGGACAGAACUCAGUCUCCCAAUCCCAUCAAUCAUGAAAGACUAUCUCCUAUACCGCUGUCUGACUCACACAACAACAAGGAGGCAGAGACUCUCAGCAGUCUGUUCCGUCUUUCCCCUGCGAACCCUUUCACCCCCACCCCCUUUAAGGCCCCAUCGCCAACAUCCGAUAGAAUGGAUCGCAGAAGCCCCGUAAAUGUCACAACAGCAGCCGAUGCGGCAGCUGAGGACGGAGACGACACCGGCAGGAAGAAGAUGCUCCAGCGCUAUGGCAGCCUGUCAGGAAAGCUCCACAUGAUUGAGCUGGAGAAGGACCCUGCAGCUCACGGUUUGGGAAUUAGACUCGCAGGCAACGAGGAGGGCUCCAGGGCACGAAUGAGUGUCUAUGUGGAAGGAAUAGACCCGAAUGGGCCUGCUGGUUUGGAUGGGAGAAUACAUGUUGGGGACGAGCUACUGGAGAUAAAUGGCCAGAUCUUGUAUGGUCGGAGUCAUCAAAAUGCCACCACCAUUAUCAACAACGCCCCGUCUAAAGUCAAGAUCAUUCUCAUCCGAAACAAAUCGGGCCAAAUGCUGAAGAGAAUCAGGAGAGAGGAUGAGGACACAGUGGACUCUAAGACGGACGCUGCAGAGGGUGAAUCACAUGGCAUUGACCAUGUCAUCCUACACCAGGAAGGCAGGAUAAAGGUUGGAGACCGAGUCGUAGCAGUGGGUGAUGAACCUAUAGCCGGACUGUCAGUAGAAAAGGUGUCCAGUUUGAUUCUCAAAGAUCCGGUCACUGUCAAGCGCUCCAUCAGCCAAUCCAAGACUAUCCCUUUCUUAUCUUCUCAGUCUUUCCCUUCAUCACUUUCCCAUCACCCCCACCUUCCUGCUGUUUCAUCUGAACCUCGUCCCAUCUCUCAGUCUUCUUCUACGUCCCUCGGUACAGAGCAGACCUCUCCAGAAGAGUGCUCUCAUUGGCCAGCUUCAAGUCCUUCAACCUCUGACCCCCGGAGCUGCCCAGUUUUACCUGGGAGGGAAACUACCAUAGAAAUUUGCAAAGAAAACUUAGGCCUGGGCCUCAGCAUCGUAGGAGGAUGUGACACCCUUCUGGGGGCAGUAAUAAUCCAUGAAGUGAAUGAUGGCGGCGCAGCACAGAGAGAUGGAAGGCUGCAGGCUGGAGAUCAAAUAUUAGAGGUGAAUAACAUAGACCUGCGGCAGGCCACACAUGACGAGGCGAUUGCAGUCCUGCGGCUCACCACCCAACAAGUUCGGCUGUGUGUCUUCAGGCACCAGGAGGCCUACCGGGAGGAAGACCUGUGGGACAUCUUUAGUCUGGAACUCACGCCUCGUCCAGAGGAAGGCCUGGGAUUCACCACCAUGGGGAAGAGCGAUGACACAGGCAUCUUUGUGUCAGAAAUCAUCAGAGGAAGCGUUGCAGAAUCAGACGGCAGCUUGCUGCACGGCGACCAGAUUCUGUCGAUUAAUGGGGAAGAUGUUCGCGCCGCAUCACAGGACCAUGCACAGAGACUUCUACAGGAGUGCACUGGAGCAGUCCACCUAGAGGUAGCUCGUUUUAAAGCUGGGCUCCAGUAUUCCCAGAGGAGUAAGAGCGAAGCCUCUGACUGCUCCACUCUGACCAGCAAAAGUGGAUGUGAUUCAUCUUUUUGCCACCAGAGGGAGACGGACAACAAAACACGGAGCUGGAAAGCUGAGCUCAGAAAAGUAACAAUACAGAAGGGUCCAUGUGACACCCUGGGAAUCAGUCUAGCCGGAGGACGGAGUAGUCCCCAUGGCAACGUACCUCUUUUCAUUGCUUCUAUGGAUACCAAUGGACUGGCUGCCAAAACAUGGAAAUUAGAGACAGGAGACAGGAUCCUCAGCAUCAACGAUGUGUCCACGGAGGGAAUGACUCAUGACCACGCUGAAGCCCUGCUCAAAAACGCCACCGGAACCAUCAGUCUGCAGGUGGCAGCUGCUUUCGAAGGGUGCAGUUCACAGGAUCCAAGUGAGACUCAUGUCAGCUCAUCAGAUCCAACCAGCAGCUGCUCUCAGAAUAACUUCUGUCCACGUGUUUAUAAGACCAUCAGUCUGGAGAGAGGUUUGUCAGGCCUGGGCUUCAGCAUUGUGGGGGGGUUUGGCAGCCCUCAUGGAGACCUGCCGAUCUACGUGAAAACUAUUUUCAGCAAGGGGGCAGCCAUUGAGGACGGCAGGCUGAAACGAGGUGAUCAGAUCAUUGCUGUGAAUGGACACUGCCUGGAAGGUGUGACUCAUGCAGAAGCUGUGGAAAUCUUAAAAAAGACCAAAGGAACUGUAGUCUUAACUGUUCUCUCCUGAAUAAAACUUCACUGUGUCCCAGCUUAAACACAUACAUGACAGAUAUACAGUAACUCCCUCUGCUGCUUUACUAGACAAGAAAACAUAUACAGUAGGUGUAACUGUCUCCUCUAAAACUGCUCAAAGGUGAGGACACAAAUGUGGACGGUAAAGGGAAUUUCAAGAAGACCAAAUGCACCUUCAAUGCCUUAGAAAAAUAGACAUACCUCAUAAACUUCUUCACAUUUCACAAAUUUAUAAAAAAUCUUACUAGAAAUGGCCCAAAAAUAAUUUUGAAAUGAAAGGAAAAGAACACGAUUUAUUUUCAUAGAAUAAUCUGAAAUGUGUGGCAAGAUUUGUUUUUAACUUUUCUGUCCCAGCGUAAUAAAAUCACCCAGCAGCAUAAUGCUGCCAUCGCCAUUUAAAAACUUUGAAAAACUGUUGAUCCUUUUUCUCGUGUCCAGUUGUGUUGAUCUGUUUUACAGCCCCAUACAAUACAGCCACAUUAAAAUACAUCAACGUUCUUUUGUUGUAAUUUGACAAAAUGUGAAAAAGUUUUAAAGCCAUGAAUACUUUUGCAAGGUAGCAUUUACAUCAUUUCUCUAAAUACAUAACACUGUUGAGGAAAUCAUCACAGCACAGUCAGAAACUGUUGUGUCAAAAGUUUCUGGCGAUUUAUGUAACCAUCUUGUCUUUAUGUGCAGCACUCUUCAUGGAAACAUAACGGGCAACUUAUAACCUUUGCAUUUUAAUAAUAUGAGGUUCUGGCAUUAUUAAGCAAUAAAAAAACAAAAAUAUCUGUCAGGGAACUACAACAAAAAAACACACAUGCAGUAUUCACACUGUUAACUGACCUCUGUUAAGUCAAAGGGAACCUCCCAAUAUGCACAACAUGCCAAGUGCUUCUGCCAAUAUUUUGUAAGGCAAUAAGGUUAUAGGAGACUGUCUUUGAAGGCCUGAUAUUCAUUUUCUCUGUAUUUCUGUACCACAUUCAUUUAAAAUGUGUCAUGGUUUCUCAUAUUCUGAAUGUUGUACAUGACUUGUGGAUAGCUUUAAUAACCAUGUUACAUCUGGCAGUUAGAGAAUCAACAUGGUAAACUUCGUUUCUGCUUUUUAGCCCUUGUUGAAUGUGUUUUUAGUGCAAAGUGCAGUCUAUAUUUAGUAUUUGUUUUUUAUGAUUUAAUUCACACUUUAUUUUAAUUGAAAACUGUCUGUUUUAAUCGUCUUUAAAGCCACAGCACUUACACUUGUGUGCAUUAUGUAGCUCUGUGUAACCGAUUGUAUUAAAAGUUUAUUUAUUAGUUUUUUAAAAGAAUCUAAGAGUUUUUUUUUACUUUGCUGUGUAAAACACCUAUAACCAUUUUUUCCCCUGCCUAACAAUUGACCAGACUAAGUCUUUCCUGUUUUAUUAAGUUAGGAUUACAAUGCUUCUUUUUCCAAGAUGCCAAAAUAUUGAGGAUUUUUUUUCUUCAAACUCAAAGAUUUACAUAAAAAAUUUUUUUGUAUUUGUUAGACAUGCCUUUAAUUUGUAUGAUUUGGGUCAAUGGUUUUUCAAUAUUCUUCCACAGGCUUCUGACAAUAGUCUGCUGGAGCUUUGACCCAUUUAUCCUGACAGAACUGAUGUAAUUGAGACAGCUUUAUAUCUAACAAUAUGCUUAGAGUGAUGGUCAUUUGGAGGACCCACUUGUGUCCAACCUUUAACUUCCUGUUCUGACCUGUGAGGGUUUGUGUUUUAAUUUUUUUUGUGUGUGUGUGUGUGUGUGUGUGUUCAUUAUUUGCUAUGCCUUUCCAUAUCUAGGUCAUUCCUGUGUUUUGUUUCUGUACAGGCUAUUCUCUUAUUUUUACGUAAGCCUUGAAGUUCCAUUGUUUCCUGUUUUGUUUCCCACUGUUUUCAUUAAUUUUCUCCUCUUAGUUCCCCAGUUAGUACUCCCACUCAGCUGUUUAGCAUUUCCUGAUUAAACCCAUCAGGUUUCUAUGAAACCUCCAAACUUUGCUCCUUCUGCGUUUCUUCCAUUCUGCUGCCCUGGUUCAAAGUCCUGCUCUUCUUGCGUCCUCCCUGUGAGUUUGUUCAGCUUGGUUGUUCAGCUGUUUCAUUGCAUCAUGUGGCUUUUGCAUUUUUAGUCUGAAAUUUAGUCCUUCUUUAACCAAGCUUUCUUGCAGAUGUUUUGAGAUGUUGUUUCAACAUUUCCACAUAAUGCUCUUUUAGCAUGAUGCCAUUUAUUUUGUGAAGUGCACUAGUCCCUUCUGCAGCCACAUACUUCACUGUUGGGAUGGUGUUCUCGAGCUUGUAAUGUUUCUGCCUUUUUCCUCCGUAUGAAGCAGUGCUCAUUAUGGUCAAACAUUCAAAUUCUUUGGCCCUGAGUUUUGUGCUACUUUUGCAAGCUGGAUAUGCAUUGUAUUUUCGUUGCCUUAAAAUAUAUCCAGGUGGGCCUCCAUUUAACUUAUGAAUCGGCCAGUCGGAAGUUUACAAACAAUGAUGUCGUCAUCAUCUGAACUUUUCUAAAUUGAUUAGAUUUAAGGUUUUCUUUAAGGGUGAAUUUCUGAAUUUUUAACAAAGUUUUCAGAUGUUCCCUAAGAACAUAUCACUUAUUCUAGCAGUUUUUACUAAUAUUAACUUUGGUAAUUUUAACCUAAAAUAGGAAGAGUUUUGCUAUUUCACCUGAGUGAGGGGGGGGGGGGGGGGGUUUGCAUGUCUUUUAUUGCAGGUGUACCAGUGAAACAAACAUCUUAAAUAUGAUGGUUUUAAUAUGAAAGAACACAGGAAUGUGCCUUUGUAAAACGACAACCAGAAAAAAAUAGAACUCUCAUUCAAACAGCAGAUGAAAUUGGUGACAACUUAACAAACAAUACAAUUGCACACAAAUGUCUCAUUUAGGAAAGUGGAGGCAUCUCAGGAGAGCCUGUCUGCUGCCUUCGAAUUAAUCAAAGCCAUCUGUUCACAUUGCGAGCUUUACUGAAAACCAGCCAUCACAGUCUGCUUUAUCCUGGUCCAGAUGAAGAAUUGCUCUCCUCUUGGAUGAGGCUUUUAAGAUGGAGAUCUGGCAAAAGGCUUGUUCAUUUCAGAUUUUUCCCUUCAAAAACUUUUUUUUCCCCCCCUGAAUUUUGGCCCUUUGUUGCCUAUCUUUGCCGCUGAGAUUGCAAAGCUCACCAGUGAGUUUUGUGCUGCAUCUUAAAUUAAGAUAACUCUCAUGAGAAUACACUUGAAAGGUACUAAUGAUCCUCCUCUCUCUGGAGGGUAGCAAUGGCCGGGAAACUGUUCUGUGCAUGACUGUCACAUCUAUUCAUAUUCAUACAUCCAGAGCAAUGUGUCUUUUUUCCCCCCCGCCACUGUCACCUAGUGCUGUCCAAAUGUCGAUGGAUCCAAAUAAGAAAAUCUUCACCAUUCAGUUUGAGUCUCUUUUUCAGAGUACCAUCCUACUCUGCAAAAAUGCCAAUCCAAGGUAAUUCAAUCCACUGCUGAGUCCUUAAAAUCCGAUUCCCCUCAAAUUAAUAUAAAAAUACCCCAAAGGGAAUUCUGGCUGGAACUGGUGUACGCUCUGAAGGCUUAGGUUUAAUUGCAGUGUACGUUUAGGCGCCACCACCUUCGUGUCAUCCCUCAACUCCGACUCUGGGUUGUCACGGGCAAAUGAGCUGAACUGAUUGGAACCUCAGUACACAGAAGCAUGUAUGCCCAUGUCACUCAUUUUAGCUCUGUGUCAUAGCCUAAAGCUAGAAGUAAUUAUGCUCAGUCAUGCAGUUAUAGAAGAGAAGCAGAGUACAUCCAGGAGGUUGGGAGUUAUAAAGAUUCAGCUGUUUUACCAAACAAGAUAGGACAGGUAGAAUAUGGAUUUUGGAGAUGUAAUCCUGAGCUGUUGCUUCUUAUGCUGAACUUUUAUUAAAUGGAAACUCUGUAUAUUAGACCUAUUUUGGUUUAAAACUUUCAUUUUUCCCUAAUCAAUAAAUGAAGAACAUUGUCUUGCAAAAAAAAAGUUUUAGUUUGCCGCAAUCACAAACUAUCAAUGUAUUUUGCGGGGGGGUGGGGGGGUUAUGUGGUACAUACACCAACACAAGGUAGAACAUAACAGAGUUGGAAGGGAAAUGAAACAUGAAGAAGCAAGCAUGCAUUUGUACUCACCUGCCUCUACUUAAAUUUCUC